AUGGGAAGCAAAUGGUUCAAGAAGGGGCUUUGACAGCCUUAGCAUCUGUUGCAGAUUCUUCAGAGGUGCAAUUUCAGAAGUAUUAUGACGCUGUGAUGCCAUACUUAAAAGCUAUUUUGGUGAACGCAAAUGAUAAAUCUAAUCGUAUGCUUCGAGCCAAAGCAAUGGAGUGCAUUAGUUUGGUAGGAAUGGCCGUUGGAAAGGAGAAGUUCAGGGAUGAUGCCAAACAGGUCAUGGAUGUCUUGAUGUCACUGCAACAAUCUCAACUGGAUGUUGAUGAUCCAACUGCAAGUUACAUGUUACAAGCAUGGGCACGGCUUUGCAAGUGCCUUGGGCAGGAUUUUCUCCCAUAUAUGGGUUUUGUGAUGCCUCCUUUGCUCCAGUCUGCACAACUUAAGCCCAAUGUGACCAUUAUUACAUCAGCGGAUUCUGAUACUGAAUUUGAUGAAGAUGAUGACAGGUGCCCUUUCAGUUAUUGUUACUGA